AGGGACUGAGAGAGUGAGACACACGGAGGUUAAGAAAAACAGACAGCAGAGAAAAGGACAUGUGACAGUGAAGGAAAUACUAAACAGUGGCAUUUCUACUUUGUAUGGGAGGCAGGAAGCGGACAACUACCUGUGGAGAUGGGAAGUACGACUCUCCCAGUGUACCUUAAUGUGAGUGCAGUGACGAUCAACUCGACGUCAGACCCAGCUAAGAAUGAGGAAGGUUACAGUGAGGCAACGAUGAUCCUGCUGGGCAUGAUCAUGUCCUUACUCGUCCUGUGCAUUGUCUUUGGCAACAUCCUGGUCAUAUCAGCGAUCGCACGCUUCCAGCGUCUCCAAAAUAUCACCAACUGUUUCAUCACGUCCCUGGCCUGUGCUGACCUGGUCAUGGGUCUCAUCGUGGUACCUUUCGGUGCCUGCUACAUCAUCUUUAAGACCUGGCACUUUGGUAGUUUUUGGUGUGACUUCUGGACUGCCACUGAUGUGCUCUGUGUGACUGCAAGCAUCGAGACCCUCUGUGUCAUUGCUAUAGACCGUUAUUUGGCCAUCACUUCUCCCUUUCGUUAUCAGUCGAUGCUGACUAAGUGCAAGGCUCGCAUCGUGGUUGUGCUGGUGUGGGUCAUUGCCGCCUUGAUAUCUUUUCUGCCCAUCCACAUGAAGUGGUGGAUAAAGGACAGUGAGGAAGCUAAGCAAUGCAUUAACGACACCAGCUGUUGCGAGUUCCACACCAACACGGCUUAUGCCAUCACCUCCUCUGUCAUCUCCUUCUACAUCCCUGUGGUCAUCAUGGUUUUUGUCUACAGCCGUGUUUUCCAGGAGGCCAAGCGCCAGCUGAAGAAGAUUGACCAAAGCGUUGGACGUUUUCACAACAGCGACAACACCAACCUCAAAACUUUGGAGGCCAACAAUGGGCGUGGCCACAAGAAGGCCAAGUUUUGCCUGCGGGAACACAAAGCCCUAAAGACACUGGGCAUCAUCAUGGGGAUCUUCACUUUGUGCUGGCUGCCCUUCUUUCUGCUUAAUGUGGUGCAUGCCAUAUGGGAGGUGAAAGGCAUUGACCUCACCUACAGGAUACUCAACUGGAUAGGUUACGCAAACUCUGCCUUUAAUCCACUCAUUUACUGCAGGAGUCCUGAGUUCAGGUAUGCCUUCAAGGAAAUUCUCUGCAUGAAGAGGAACCGCCUCAGUAACGCAGGGCCCGUGAACGGAUACGUCUACAGCAGGCACAGCUGGCAGAGCGAGCUGCAAGGGAGGAGUAAGGGCAGCUUGGAAGACAGUGACAUUAAUGAAGCGUGUCUGGGGAAGGGAGCUGGGGUCUGCAGCAUUGUGGACAGAGCAGUGGACCCCAAUGGAAAUUGCAACAAAGGCCUAGCGACUGUAACGACUGUCCUCUAAAUUUGGAGCCCUGAGACUUCUGUCAGCAGGGCGAUCCAGACAUGUUUACACUGCUAUCAUAAACUUUUUUCCAGUUGACUAAUGAAGGUAAGGCCAGUCGAACUGACUGGCAAAGAAACUGUAAUACUUAUGUUCAGCUGAGGAAAGAAUUUCUGUUCCUCUUUCGACACAGUGAACUAAUACUGUAGGUAGAUCACUUUUCCUUUUGUUACGUGUAUCAUGUUUAACUUCCAUCUACCUCACCACAUCUUUUCAACAUUUGUCUCUUAAUGGACUAUUUCACAUUAACUCACUGUCCACAGGACGCUCGGGCAGUAUCUCAGCUGUGUAUAUACUCUAGUAAAUGGUCUGUGCAUUAUAUUAUUGCUAAUUAUCUGGCUCAGAUUGAAUUUUCUUCAUCUGAGAGUUCUUGGUAAUUUAUUAGCAUAAAAAUGUUUUUGAAAUUCAAAGUAAAUGUUGGAGGCUGUAAAUUCCGUUUGGGCAUGCCAAUUCUGCAUGAGUCGUGAGUUCUUAUUUCCAUCAGAAAAUGGAUGAGGAGCAUGGACAGAUCAGACCUAAUGCCUCUUUGGUGCUUUGUUUGAAGAAAUACAUUCCAAAUCAACCAAAAUUAUAAUUUGGCUUUAUUUCAUUUCCAUUUUUUAUUUGAAUUUGAUGGAUUGUCUCAGUGUGGAAGAUGAUUAACAACAGGUCUGGCAGAGCCUGUAUCUCUCUCACACUCUCCUCACUGCUCAGCAAUGUUGUGAGGCCCUGCUCCCUGCUCUAGUGUUUUACAGCCUGUUGCAUUGGGUGUUUCUGUUGCCAACAGAUAGCAUGAGAAAUAUGAAGUUAUCUACCACCUACAGAUGCAAGCUGAGAAACGCCAGGGGCCUCUGUUACUCAUAUGAUAAAUCUUGCAAGUUUGUGUAUGUUGCAGCUAGAUUCCAUUAUCAGCCCUGAAGAUAUCUAAUAUCUUUCAGUGCAAAACAGAUGGAAUUAACGUGGUUAAUCUCCUGGGUAUCGACCUUUAAAGCUUGCGGCUGUUGAAAAAAUAUUUAUUAAAUUUUGUUAAAGUCUUCUGCUGCACAACCUACCGGUUUAUCUUGCAUCCAGUCCACUUGUGCAUUUUGCGACAUGUAAACCAGUAGCUGGUACAUUAUACAGCCAUUACAUAAGGCAAACUAUGAGUCCCUCCUGUCCCCUGUAUGUGCCGGUGGCAACAGCAACAGUUGUCCCUUUUGUUGCACAAGCCCUGUUUGUUUAUUACAAUGUGUGGUUGCUGUGUUCCAGCAUGUACAAUGUUUACUGAAACCAGAGACGCCGUUUCCUUAGUCAUGGCACAAGGGUACAAACCACACACAUAAUAAUAAACAGUGCGUCAAAAUAGCCAAGCGAUAACAUAGUUCCAAGUCUGAGACUGGUGGCGGCGGUGACCACUCAGAGGCCAAUAAACGGAGAUGAGAAAAGCAGUCCUGAGCAAUGCACCUUUGUCACUGUUCCCUGACAUUUCCCAGAGUCUCCUCACUAUAAACAGAUGUCUCUAUCUUGAUGAAAUCAGUCUAACAUUUGGAUUAGACACUGAGGAGUCCACUGAGCAGUGCCUCAGCUGUUCCAGUUGUUUCAGUCAAUUCGCAGACUGUCUACUUAAGACACUGUGUGGUGUGCAGACUCCAGGAAAUACCGUCAAUCCAGCUGAACCCAGCCCAAUAAACAAGAAUAAAUCCAUUAUCUCUGCUGUUUAGCUGGAGAAUCAGAUAACCCCAUAUCAGGGAACACUGAACAGAUUAGUACAUCACAAAGUAUACAGUUCCCAAUUUGCUUGAUGAGAUAUGAUGCAAUCCAAAGGGCCAAUCUGAAAUGAGACUCUCUUGUUUUUAUCACCCAUUUUAAGAUCACAGGCUCUUGUGAAAGUCACUUUUGACAUAGGUAAGCAUUGAUGGGAAAUGAGCACUUAGCAUGCAGGAGCCUGAAUUGAAGAAUUCACGCUUUCCCUCCCACACUCAAUAAUAGGUGUUGCAGGUGUAUUCCUCUCCCCAGUCAGCUUGAUGAUCUGUGUGUACUGAUCAAAGUGACAGCAUGCUAAAUGUGGCUACUGACAGCAGGAGGGGGAGCAGGGAUUCUCUGACAGUCUAAAUCGGUGUUUGACCUGUGUUUUAGUGCAUGUAGCAUAGACUCCGAAGUAGGGUAAGGUGACACCAUCAAAACUGUGAACUUUAUUCCCGUAGAGGAAUCCAUAUGUACUGUAUCACUAGGUUUGGUCAGCACUGUUGUUGUUGUCACAGACCUUUGGAAUAGACGUAAAAUACAGUGUCAUCAUACGUCAGCGUUUGCCAUGUGAAAAACAAGCUUUCCAGUGUGCUGAUCUUUUUCCUGUUUUUCUUUCUCGUAGAUUUACAGCAAAGUAAAUGCAGGGGUUGAAUGUCAUGACAAAUGUUAUCCAGGGUAUUUUUCUUUUCAACAUUUUCACUGUACAGCAUGCACAAAGCACAAAACAGACCAAGGUUUUGAUAUAUGACUUGUAUUUAUUCACUCACAAUGAAUUGAUGCAUUGAUACUAAAUGAACGAGUCACUGUUGACUGUCUGCAAUGUAUUUAAAACAUCUUUCAUUUCUAGAAGCACUUCGCAAGUGAUUGUUUGCAUGUCUGCUAUAUAUAUGUGUGGUAAUGUGUUUGUGGACUGUAAUGCUAUUUCUUUUCAAAGUGAUCUGUUUAAGUCCAAGUGGAGUAGGUUGUGAACUAUAUAUCCACACUGCUCCCUCCUGGCAGUGGCCUCUCCUUGCACCUCAGCUGUCUCAAGAGUUAUUAAUGGUUACUGUUUCAUCAAUACGCCUGUAUAAUAAUAGGGAAGGUAAUUCAUGUCUUCACCCCUUCAUGCUGGAGGACACAGCACGGUUAUGUGCAAUGAGUCUUGAAUGAUUUGCUGACACUACGACAUUCCAAGUACAGCUGAUGGUGUGGAGCAUAUACCAUGUCCACUGAUAUGAACAUUCAGUCCUCCCCAUGAAGUUUGACCCUAAACUACCUAUUCUAUCCACUGGUGUGGUUAUUAAAAGUAGAUUCUGGGUCAAAGAUAAGUCUUAGAGGUUAUGUUACAAUGAGGAAUGUUUAUUUUAAGUACAAAAGAAUAUAAUAUUUUCACAUUUUAAUAUGAUCACGGCUCAGGUGGACCAAUGCUAAUGCUGUCCUCGCUGAUCCAUCCUUGUUCCUGCUCACUUAAAUACUUUGCUGAAGUCACUUUACCCCCCGAAGAACAGCUCCCAGUGUUUUAGAUUAGGUUGUUCACUAACUUAAAACAGCACUGUAUAGCACUUUCAUGAAAUAUUUGUAGAGUUAUUUUGUCAAUUAAAUCCACAUUUGAGUUCAUGAACUACAAACAGUUAUUGGCUGGAGAGUUCACUUGUACCAUAAUAUUUUUGUGGAAGUCCUCUUUCCUGUCUGCGACUACAAAUGAAGAGUCAUGACAAACUGCAGAGUCUCAGCACGGACGCUGCUGAAGGUGGACUCUUUUGAUAAAUUGAUGUAUGUGAAUGUGAUUUUUUUCUAUGAAAGCUGAAUAUUGCUUUAGCUGUCAUAUGAAAAGUAAACCUAUUACAUGUGAACCCUUUUUUCGAGUGAAAAAAGUCGUCACUCAGCUGAAUGUUUACUAAAUAUUUGCAACCCAUUUUCGCACAAAGUUUUUGUCACUGUUUGUUAAGGUUACGGAGCCUGUUACAACAUGUGGUGUCCUGUGGUAUUUAUGAAAAAAAUCAAGUGUAUGUGCUGUAAUAUUUGUAUUGAAAUAAAUUAUGUAUAUGUUG